UCUCCCUUCCAAUGAACUAAGUACUUUCCCAUUCAAGGACACUUUUGUCUUUCCACACGGCUCUUCUCUUUCUCUCUCAUUGUUUCCGUUGUUUUUCCUCUGUUCCGGGCGUCUUUCAUUGAUUUGUUGCUUCAAUUAUACUUUCUUCACACACCCUCUCUCUCUUUCUCAUUCUCUCUGUUUGUUUGUCACGUUCAAAUACUAAUAAUCCCUUUCUUUUUUCCUUUUUUUCCGGUUUGUUCUUUUUUGGAAUUUAAUCUAAUUUAUUUCCCCUGCCAUUCUUUUCUAGACCCUUUUUUUUGCACAUUUGUUUUGAUAUAUCUGAUUCUUUUUAUCGCCUUUGAGAACUACCUGGGGAGUAUUUUGGUGUUCUUGAUAUUUAUUUUUUGUUGGGUUUUUCAUUGUUGGAAGAUUUUGGUUUCGGAUCUUUUUCUUGGUUGGUUGUUGAGGGUCCAUGAAAGUUUACAUCUUUACUCCAAGGCAAGUUGAGUAGGCGUGAAUUGGUGGAUAAAAAAAGAUAGGUUGUAUAAAUUGGAGCUCUCGAACUUAAUAUGCAGUUAAAGAUCCAAUUUUUUCAUCCGGGCCCGUGUGGAUCCGAUCAUGGAGCUGUUCUUGAGCAUGCAUGUACGUGUUGAUAUAGUUGAGACCCAGAGAGUUAUCGUUGUGUGUUUGGUGGUGGCAUUCUCAAUCAGGGGUACUUCCCUGUUUGAUAUGGGCGAUAGUGAUAAGGGUAAAAUGAUCAGCAGAACUGAAAUGGAGAGCAUUUCCUUGGGUGCAGGGCGGUUUUCUAGGGACUUGUUGGAUAGAUUCAUGGGAAGUGGUUCAAGGGAUUUAGGUAAAUUUGAGGCUAGAGGUGAAGAGGAAGAUGAGGAGGAAGGGAUUGAGUUGAAUCUUGGGUUAUCAUUGGGAGGAAGAUUUGGAGUGGAUAAGAGUUCGAACAAGUUAGUUAGAUCAUCUUCCAUAGCUGCAUAUUUUCCAGUUGUGAGGAAUGAUGAUUCCUUAGCUGCUUCCUCACCCCCUGUGGUGCCUUAUCCUACUUUAGUUAGAACUUCAUCUCUUCCUGUGGAGACUGAAGAAGAAUGGAGGAAGAGGAAGGAAUUACAGACUUUGAGGAGAAUGGAAGCUAAGCGCAGAAGAUCAGAGAAACAAAGGAUUCUGAAAGCUGAUAGAGAAAGUGGUGGUGGUGGAGGAGGAGGAGGAGGAGGAGGUGGUGGGCUUUCUAGUUGUAUGAGUAUGGAAGAUUCAGAGAAGAAGGAAAUUGAUUUAAAUGUAAGGGGAAGAGUGGAUAAAGAUAAUUUCUUGGCAGCUGCAAGAAGGUUUGGUUCAUCUGUAUCUCCCUCUUUGGGAAUGGCAAGAUUAGCUGCUGCUAAUCAGUCUUCUACUUUUGGAACCGAAGCUGAUUUGGCAUCGGGAAGAGGAAGAGGAAGCCAUUUAAGUGGUAGUGGAAUGCAAGGUGCGUCCCAAGGAUCUGUGGAAUCACAUGGUGGAAGUUCUUCUUCUGAACUGGAAAGUAGAGCCCUUCAAGGUUCCAGUAGUUGUGGUGAACUGAGUCCUGUCAGCAUCAAAUCAUUACAAGAAGGCAGUAAGGAGGAUGCUGGUUCCUCUGGGACAAAGUCAAGGGAGAGUGCAGGAAGAACAUCUGGAAUGGAGGCUGGGUCCACAUCCAAAUCAGGUGACACCUCGAAGAAUCAAGGGAAAGAGAGCAAGAAGAAUACAUUAGAAGAGAUGCCAUGUGUCUUUACCAAAGGAGAUGGUCCAAAUGGGAGGAGAGUGGAUGGAAUACUAUAUAAAUACGGCAAGGGAGAAGAAGUAAGGAUAAUGUGUGUGUGUCAUGGUACAUUCCUUUCCCCGGCAGAAUUCGUGAGGCAUGCUGGUGGUACGGAUGUUACUCACCCGCUUAAGCACAUAGUGGUUAACCCUAAUGCGUCCCCUUUCCAGUGAUUAAAGUCACGAUAACCAACCAACCUCGUGUUUAUGAGGCAAAAUGGCAGGAAGAUCAUCAGCUAAAAAGGUCAAUAACUUUCUUUCCCCUUAGCUUCUUUAGUUGUGUUUUGCCUUUUCAGACACGGGAAAAACGUUUCCAUUGUAUAAACAGGGGAAUAUGCUUGCACAAAGGAUAUAGGUACAAGGAACCAAAUUUUGUAUGUUCCAUUGUUGAUUGCGAUUGCAUUAGAGAAAAUGAGGAAAAUUUGUCUAUGUUUUCUUAUUCAUGCCAUCCAUAUCCAAUCUCAGAGUGUAAAUAAAUCCAUGAAAACACCAAAGGACCAUUGAAGGCUUGAAUUGUUCUUAAGACACACAUUUUACUCCUUGGAUUUGGUCCAAGUUGCUCCUUAAUUGUGAUCUUUUUGAAGGAAGUACUUGAACCAUGCAGCAGACAACUUGGGAUACCUCUUCAGGGUGUCAUUGAAAUCGAUGAAGUUGGUCCCAAAACGACAUUUGAAACCAUUUUCCCACUCUAAGUUGUCCAUCAGUGACCAUGCAUGAUAUCCUUUCACUCUCACAUCGUCCUUACUGCAAAGAACAUGGUAAAAGAAUUUUAUUCAUAAACAUACUAGGAGCUAUUCCUCAAAAUGUAAGAGUACCUAGUUCGUAAACUUUACUCCAUUGCUUUCUCGAUGGCAAGCAGGUGAUUGUUAUGGGACUCCACAGUACGCUCUGCUUGAUGGCAAGCAGAGCGUCUCCCUUAGUGAUAAGUUGUCAUCCCUCAAUUCAUCAUGCCCUGUGUUUUAGCCAGUGUCACACUUUUGCUUUUGCAUUGAAGUCAGAUUUUAGUUUUUUCUUUUUUUGGUUAAAGUAUUAUUUAGGUACCUACCGUUCUCGGUGAUAUAAGUUAUGGGAUCUCCAUAGGUGUUUUUUUGUGAACCUAAGGGCUCUCGAAUUCCUUUUGGAUACACAUAGAGCCAGGAGGAUCUCCAGCCUAUAAGUGGUACAUAAUAUCAUUUUGGAAAAAAGUUAAAUGUUAUAACGUAGAAGCAGUUACAUGAUAACACACUCUUAACACAUAGAAUAUACUUCUGUCUGCAUAACAAAACACCAAUUAAAUUUAUGUACACGUGGCAUUAGUUCUAGAUCUAGCAAUGUGUUAUUGGUACUUUGGUGUCUUGCAUUAGUUUUUCUUAUAAAGUCGGGAAUUAAAAUCUUAUUGGAUAGUGAAAAUACA